CCUAUAAACAAGCAGCCGGCCAUUGCGUGCGGACGGAGGCGCUCGACGACCCCGACCCGACCACUCUUCUCCUGCCGUCGGGAGCCACGCCGAGGGGAGCGCCGAGGGCCACGGAGCGAGGGCGACAAGGAGAGCGUGGCGAUUGCGGCGAGCCAGAGUACCUGAGGGAAGAUGUCGGUGCACCCGCCCCCAAAGAGGAAGGAGAUCUACAAGUACUCGGCCCCAUGGACUCUCUACAGUAUGAACUGGUCAGUCCGGCCAGACAAAAGAUUCAGGUUGGCAGUUGGGAGUUUUGUCGAAGAGUACAACAACAAAGUCCAGAUUGUUCAGCUGGAUGAAGAUACGUCAGAGUUUGUGGUUCGGUCCACCUUCGACCACCCUUAUCCAACCACAAAGAUCAUGUGGAUCCCAGAUAGUAAAGGAAUAUAUCCAGACCUGUUAGCCACAAGUGGUGACUACUUGCGUGUGUGGCAGCAAGGCGCAGAUGGAGACACCAGAAUGGCUUGCUUGCUCAACAAUAACAAGAACUCUGAUUUCUGUGCCCCCCUGACCUCCUUCGACUGGAAUGAGGUGGAGCCCAACCUGAUAGGCACGUCCUCCAUCGACACCACCUGCACCAUCUGGGGCCUGGAGACCGGCCAGAUGCUGGGGCGAGUCAAUGUGGUGUCGGGUCAUGUCAAGACCCAGCUCAUUGCCCACGACAAGGAGGUCUUUGACAUCGCCUUCUCCAGGGCCGGUGGCGGCAGGGACAUGUUUGCCUCCGUGGGGGCAGACGGAUCGGUCAGAAUGUUCGACCUUCGGCACCUUGAGCACUCGACAAUCAUCUACGAGGACCCCGCGCACACACCCCUGCUCCGUCUGGCCUGGAACAAGCAGGACCCUAACUACCUGGCAACAGUUGCUAUGGAUGCUUGUGAGGUGAUAAUUCUGGAUGUGCGUGUUCCUUGCACCCCAGUGGCACGGCUCAAUAACCACCGGGCAUGUGUGAAUGGCAUCGCCUGGGCACCACAUUCCUCGGUCCACAUCUGUACGGCAGGGGAUGACCACCAGGCACUGAUAUGGGACGUGCAGCAAAUGCCGCGCGCCAUUGAAGACCCAAUCCUGGCAUACACAGCAGCGGAGGGGGAGAUCAACCAGAUCCAGUGGGGGGCGACGCAGCCCGACUGGAUUGCUAUCUGCUACAACAAGUGUCUUGAGAUUUUACGAGUGUGAGUGAGUGGAAGUGAGUGCCGAUGUGUGCGUGUUUGUGUUGUAGAGUUAUGCAUUAUUUUCUGAUUUUUAUAAUUAUUAUUUUAUGAUUUGUGUAUUUCUUAUUUUAUUUAUUUUGUCUACUUUUUUCUUUCUUUCUUUUUUUAGUCAUGUUUCCUGCAGGAUAUUUUAUUUUUCUUACUGAUGAUAAAAAAAAAAAAAAAAAGAGGAAAAGAUAAGCUAGAAUAGAUAACAUGUUAAACCUUGUAUAUGUUGAACCAAGAUGUGGUCUCCAGUGAGCUUGAAGGUGUAUAGAAACCCAAGUGAGUGUGCUAGUGUGAGGAACAAACAUUUUAUGCGGAGUCUCUGAGUCUUGGCAUACUCUUAGAGUAAGGAUGGCGUGGCGCUUUCAGUAGAGGGAUCACAGAGUGCAUUGUUUUAUUGUUGGCGAAUUUCCUGGUCUGGUUUUGAUUCUCGAGCUUCAUAGAUUGAUCAAAGCGAAUGGAAGUGUUUUUAGGUUGAGCUUGUGAAAGUUGAGGCAAAGAACACGGGCGACUCCUUUUCUUUUUUGGCCGAUCAAAGAGAUUCCAGGCUAAAGUCCCUCUGGUCUCCUUCAGCAGAGAGAAUAAAGGAGGGGAUUAGUGUACAACUGCUUAUAUAGAAGCUGAUGGAAUGAAGAAUUAUGAAAGCAUUACAGAAUCAUAGUAUUUUACAUAAGUGAACAGUGUAAAAGAGAAAGAAAGAAAGAAAGAAAGAAAAAAAAAUCUUAUUGUCAUUACAUCUUAGGGGUAGUAUCAUGCAGGCUGAUGAUAACAAUGAUAAUGAUAAUACAAUAAUUUUAAUAUCUAAAAUGAUGUUAAUGUUUAUGUUAAUCAUAAAGUUAUGUUAAUGACAAUGAUGAGGAUGAAAUAUAGAAAGGGAAAAAUAAAAGGCAGAAUCCAGGGUGUAACUCUCUCCUGCGGCAAUACUGUGUAGAGGUGUAAAGAGCAACCUUUUACAGUGGUGUGACGAGACUGAGCAGGGGCUGUUAGGAGCACUCUUGGAUAGCUAGACCAGCCUGGCGAAGACAACUAUCCAUGGGACACAGAAGUAAGAUUUUUUUUUUUUUUUUUUUCUUUUUUUCUUUUAUGUAUUCAUUCAUUCAUUCAUGUAUGAGACAUGUAUUAGUACUGUUUUUUUUUUUUUUUUUUAAGAAUCUAUAUUUUGCAUUCCAAACAGAAUUUGUUAUUAUUUUGUUUUUCUGUCAAUUUUUCUUUUGUUUAUCAUCUGAGAAGAUGCCAGAAUCAGAAAGUUUGGUAAAGGGGAUAGAGGGAUCUGUUAUGUCAGGAUGCGUACUUAGGAAAGGCUGGGAGUUUGUUCAGUUAUACCACUGUUGUGUUUGCAUCUGUGGCAAUGUUACUGAACACCUGCCGUCAAAGUCUAUUACUUGAGGCACAGGUAGAGAACCAGAAGGUGGUAAUGGGCAUGAAAUAUAUGGCUCACCUGAGAGUGGAACGUACAUUAUUGGUAUGUCUGUGUGUUGGUAACUACAAGGGUUUAUUUUUCAGGGUGUUGAGUUUAGCUGUGAGCCUCACCAACCUGACUGCUGUAAAGACUGUUAUUAUAGAUAGCAUAAUACAUUUAAACUCACUGAUCCUAGAAGAAAAUUCAGCCAACAGUAUUUUUUUCUUUUUCUUUUCAUGUCUUUCUUAUUGGUUAAUUUAUUUCUUUAUUAUUUUUAAAGAUUAUUAUGUACUGUUAUCUUUUUUCAGUUGCCAAUAAAUCUGUGUCUGUGCAGUUACCUUUGUAUUCAUAAACUGAAUAUAUUUGCUGUCUGCGUUGAAAGUUGUACAUAGCUCAUGUAUUUGAGAUUGAAUGAUUAUUUUCUUGUUUAUGUUGAAUUGAAUCAUAGCUGUUAUUUUAUUUUGUUUUUUAAACUUUGUCAUUCUGGACAGUAUUUGUAAGCGACAGUGAAGUUUUAACAUUUUAUUGAUAAGAGAAUCCAGAUACUGUAAAGGUUAUAGUAAAAGACGGUAUUUGCUGGUGCAAGAGUGUGUAUGGAAACGAUCUGUGCAAUUGCAGUGUGUCACAAACGGUGAAUUGAGAAGAUUCAGAUAUUCAUCUCUACUUGUAAAGAAAUACAUGCUAGGAGGGUGUGCAAGGAGGGUUUGUGUGUGUUAGAGUGGCACAGUCUCAGCACUUGGUAGCAUUCAGUCCCAUUUCUGUUCAGGAGCACUUUGUCCUCUUGGCUCAGGCGGCCAAACACGUCAGGCGUCUCCCUACUUGUCUCAUUUUCAGUUGUUCACAGUUAGCUUUACAAAAACGGUAAACUGCAGAAUCAACUAAUUUUAAGAUAGAUAUUCUUUACAUUAUUCAUUCAGUGCUUCAGUUUUGGAACUUGAAUAUAUUGUCAAGAUUGAGCAAUAGGUGUUGGGUUGCAUUUCACGUGGUUGAGUAUGAUACAGCUCUCAUGAAAUACUUCAUUUCUAUCAGGUUUCCGUUUUCAAGGAAUUCAAUAUUCUUGAAAGGGCAGCAAAGGGAGAAUUUCCACCCCGUCAAUAUGAACACAGCUCUGGUCCCUCAGCAAGAGCAAGUGAAAGAAGCUUGUGCUGAAUAAAUGAUGGAAAAGGAUAGCUUUUGAACAUGGCAAGGAGUCCGUGGAGGGAGUGAUUGUUAUGAGUGUUGAGUACAAAUGAUUCAUCUUCUUGAGGAGAUGGGAAGAUUAGGGGUUCAAGUUGGUGUUCUAAUGGCAUUGAAAACACCUGUUGUUCUGAGAGUGGCAAGGUGUGCUUCUGCCUGAACACUCACCAAGCCAAAUACGAGGAGGAUACAUGUGGAAGAUUCAGCAAGGACUGGUCUGCAUUUGUACUCUGUAUUCAUUUGUGUUUUAAUCUAUCAACCUGUCCCAUAUCUAGCCAGUACUAGGCUAGCUAUUCAUCUACAAAGUGUGAGUGUAUUUUACGAAAAUUCUAAGUGUCUCUGCCUAUCUCCUUUGGUAGCUCGGCAAAAAAUUAGAGAUUCAAGCAUACAUGUUCACAGAUGUCCCCUCCAGUCUUUUCUUUCCCCAAGUUGUAUUUUCUUUAUGUACAAAUUUUAUUUUGAUGUAACCUGUGCAUGGAAAGUGUAUUUCAUAAAUGUGUUUCUCUAUCGUAUGUGAAGGACCAUUUUUUUUGGGUUUACUAGCAAUUAUGGUUUUACCAAUUCAUCCACUGUACAAAUCAUGUCAUCAGUUUAUAAAGAGAGAAAAAAAACAUCCUGUUUAUGUUAAUUAAUCUUGUGUAAUUAAUGUGUACCUAGCUUUAAGGAUUGUACAAUACAUUUUUAUAUGAAUUCA